GACAGCAGACUGUGUGGAGUGAGAGCCGGAGCGUCUGCAGCCACAACCAUGAAUCCAGUCAUCACCUUCUUCCUCACCUGCCUGCUGCUCCUCUGUGCUCAAGGGCUGCCACUCAGCAGAUCUCACAAAUGCAAGUGUUCCAGCGGCUACGUGAAGAAGAUCAACCUAAAGCUCAUCCAGGGAGAACCGCAGAUCCUCCAUCCCAGCGUCUUCUGUCCACGGACAGAGAUCAUUGUCACAAUCGGAGAAAACCAGGAGAAAUGUCUGAAUCCAGAGUCGCUAUUGGGAAAAAUGAUUCUACGGAAGAGAAACAUGCAGGACAAGAGAGGACCCGAGAGCUCCACCCCCAGCACGACAACCUCCAUGACCCCCAGACGCCCCAACUCCACCCUCUCCACCCACUCCACCCUCUCCACCACCUCCACCUCGCUGUAGCACUCCGGACCGAGCAUUAAACAUCCCUGGAAAUGGAAGUGAUGGUCAUGAUAUCUGCUGUUUCUUUCUUUUCCCUUCAAAUAUCAACAUUUUCACAUAAAGUUAUUCAAGUCUUUAUUGUAACCUUUUUUUGUUUUUUUGUAGAAAAAAUUAUACAUCUUUAGAGACUGAAAUAAACCUUUCUUGCAGCAGUUUUAUCAUUCAUAUUAUUAUUAUUAUUAUUAUUGCAACAUUGGGUUCAAAGUUGCUGGCUGUAAUUUGUACAUUUGUAAAUAUGAGAACCAGUUUAGUGGCAUAAACUUCUAACACAUGUGAGCCAUCUAUGAGCUAUAAAAGUCUUAAGCUUUAUACUUUUCAAUAAAAAACGUU